ACCUGACAUCACGGACACAAUGGCUAGAACUUUGUUUAUGAUUUGAUGAUCAUAGGAUUAAAAUGAAAUCCAAUCAAUAUUUAUAGGUUGCCAAAGCUAGUGACAUUUGAAGUUUCUACCAUUGACUGAUUAGUUAUCUGUUAGCUGGAGUGCUUUUCAACAAGAGUUGAGGUUUCAAGUGUAUGGUGUAUGGUGCACCCCAUUUUAAUAGACUUUGUAAACUUAAAAUGUAAACUUAAAAUUUUAAAUCGGUGAGAUCAACAGAGAAAGUUAUUACAAGGAAUACCAAAUGCACAUAGAGUAUAUAUAUGUUUUGAAGAAAACAAAGUGUGUGUUAUCUCUCUACAAUCAACAGCAUUUAGUGUAAUGAUAAAUAUGGAUCUUGUACAAGUGUAAAAUGUAAUAUAUCAAUAUUUAUUUCUAUUCAGUGCAAUAAGAUAAUAAGAGUUCAUUGCAUAAUUAGUAACAAAGGAAUACGAAGUUACUGUUACACAAAUUGCCAAUAUAUCCAAAAUAUUGAGAUAAUAUGAACUAUAAAGAAUUUAUGUAUAAAGUAAUUGUUCUAAGAAAGAAAAACACAAAGUGAAGUAGACAGUAAGUGUUCUAAGAAGAAAAACACAAAGUGCAGUAGAAAGCUUUAUUUAUUUCUUGGAAAACAUGAAAAAGCAAGUUAAAUCUCAAAAGAAUGGCGUCCUCAAGUCACAUCAAAAGAAUGGUUCAGAGCACAAGACUGUGCGCCAACUACCUGUCGGGAACGACAUCAAGGUGAACACUCUACUGGCAUCGACAGAGAAUGUUACAGAGGCCAAGGCGAUGCUGAUACAGAAUGGUAAAUCUAAAUACCUAAAAGACGUGCACAAAUCAUCCAAAGAGGAGGAAGUUCACACACCAUUGGCCAUGAACCCUAUAGACCCAAAAACUCUGUUGCUUUUUGACACCAUCAAGCAAGGUUCUGCGCAGAAAGUCAAAUCCAUAUUCAGACAAAAGAAUCUCAAUUUGAACACAAGGAAUCUGAAUGACCCUAGAUGCCCGACUGCGCUGAUUGCGGCCUGCGAGGCAAACAGCACAGAGAUUGUUCAGCUGUUGAUGACGAGCAAGAAGGCGAGACAGAUCGAUGUCAACCAGGAGGAUAAGGCAGGCAGGAGACCAAUCUGGAUAGCAGCAUGGAAAGGAAAUGCAGACAUUGCAGACAUUUUGUUGAACACAAAGGGUGCAGAAUGUGAUGUGAAUUUCAUAGACAAGGAGACCGGAACCAGCCCCCUGUACAGAGCCAUCCUGAGUAACAGUGCUGACGUGUUACAACUCCUUAUACGAGCAAAGGCUGAUGUUAACAUGCGCAGGAUGGGCAAGGACCUCAACUGUGAAACACCACUGAUCAAGGCUGUACAAAUGAACAACCAAGACAUAGUGGACCACCUGGUGAAUGCCCUGUGUAAGAUACAAGCCAAGACGAAAGAAGGCUUCAACGCUCUACACUUCGCAGUCGCUUACAAGCGGUUUGAAAUCGCUGAAUACCUGCUAAAGAAUGACAUCAAGAUACACGCCAAGAGCAACAACGGCAUAACCCCGAUGGCAGUGGCCAUUGAACACAGGAAUCCGGCUAUGGUUAAAUUGCUGGUAGAGUAUGGGUACAAGAUGAAUAAACGCUACAAGUGGAAGGAGACUCCACUGUCCCAGGCCAUCAAUCUGCACUGUGAGGUAGAGGCCAUGACUUUGAUUCAUCUCGGUUGUGAAAUGGAAAAGAAGCGGGGGCAAUCGUACUUCUACAUGGCAGUGGACGAGAACCUUAUGAAACUGGUCAAAUUUAUGGCCGCUGUAUAUCCUCAGUCCUUACAAGAGCCAUGGGUCAAAGAACGUGAAUGGCCAGUGUCUAUCUACCGGAGACCUGAUAUCAUCAAUUGGCUGGAACACCAAUCACAGAAGGUCAGGUCCUUAAGGCAAUUGUGCCGAGGCAAGAUUUUCAGGCUGAUGGGAAAGUACCCCGAGAGCAAGUUAAAGACACUGAAAUUACCUGAAAACUUACUGGAGUACUGUUCCUAUAGGUCUCAUGUACGUGAUGAAUUUUUCCUUAGGGCUCCGCUGGACAUCAAAGGUGAUUGUCCGGUAGACUGCCCAGCAAUUUGUUCCAAGAAGUACUGUCCACCAAUAGAAUUCUCUAGCUCCUCUGAAUCUGAUAGCGACAUCGAUGAUGAUGAUGUAGGCAAUAAAAACUCUCAUGCCAAUGGCAAGUGCAAGCAUAAUCAUGAGGACAGCGCAGCAAAAAAAUGCUGUGACUACUGUACAUGAAGUUACUUGCAAAACAAACUGUGAACAAAUUUGCUGGGUAAUUAAACAGUAAUUAUCUAAUAAAUAGCAUUUUACAUUUAUAUGCUAUAAUGCAAAUGGCAAGGGGAGAAUGUCUUUCAUUGGAGAAAACAGAUCAAAUUCAGCACUGUUCUACUUAUUUAGUGAAAUCAGCUUAGCUGAACUUCUUGUAUCAGGACUGAAUGUUUCCAUGAAUGUAUAUCAAAUGAUAUAGUUUUUAAACAGCAAUACUUUUAAAUGCUACUUUUUAAUUAAUGUUGCCCUUACUUAGACAAGUGAUGUCCAAAUAACUUAACAGAGAACAGUGUUAAAACGCAUACUUGAAAAGUUAGUACCUGUUCAUCUGUAUGCCACUUUAUUUUUGAUCCAAACUUGUUUCUUAUAAAUUCUGUGAGGAUUUGGGAUGAGGAACAAUGUGCUGUCAGCUAAAUGUAGCUCCAUCUCAAAGUAAAAAAAUGUGUUUAAAUGUUUUUACACUGUGCACAGUAUUAGAGCAAUGUUUUAAAAUAAUCUUGUAAAAAUGGGAUCAUAGCUUAAUGCAGUAGGUUAGUUAUGUAAAACAGUUGUUGGUAACUAUUGAGAUUUGAAAAUAAAAAGCAUACAGCUGUU